AUGGCAACCUCGUCAAGUUUUGUUCCUACGGCACUUCUAGGUUUAUUUUUAGCAGCACUUGGUGUUAUUGUCCCUAGAAGUGAAGCCAGGCCAAGAGCAUUCUUUGUAUUCGGAGACUCUCUUGUUGACAAUGGAAACAACAACUAUUUGCAAACCGUUGCUCGUGCUAAUGCCCCUCCUUAUGGAAUUGACUACCCUACUCACACAGCAACUGGACGCUUCUCUAAUGGAUUCAACAUUCCUGAUUUUAUCAGUCAGGAACUUGGUGCUGAGUCUACCAUGCCAUACUUGAGCCCAGACUUAACAAGAGAGAAUCUCUUAGUUGGUGCCAAUUUUGCUUCAGCUGGAGUUGGAAUCCUUAACGAUACAGGAGAUCAGUUUAUGAACAUAAUUAAAAUGCAUAAACAGUUAGAGCAUUUUAAGGAGUACCAACAACGAAUGAGUGCUCUAAUUGGUGUCUCACGAACCAAAAGGCUGGUGAAUCAAGCGUUAAUUCUCAUCACUGUUGGUGGGAAUGACUUUGUAAACAAUUACUUCCUCCUGGAUUCUACUGCAAGGUCCCGUCAAUAUCCACUCCCAGACUAUGUCAACUUUCUCAUCUCUCGCUACAGAAAGCACUUACAGAAGCUGUAUGAUCUGGGAGCUCGACGAGUUAUUGUGACAGGAACAGGACCACUGGGUUGUGCUCCUGCAGAAUUGGCUAGGCGUGGCAAAAAUGGAGAAUGUUCUCCUGAGUUACAACGUGCUGCAGCAUUGUACAACCCUAAAUUGGAGCAAAUGAUACUUGAACUCAACAACAAAAUUGGCACUGACAUUUUCAUUGCUGCAAAUACAGCACAGAUGCACGAUGACUUCAUCUCAAAUCCCAAAGCUUAUGGAUUUAAUACAUCAAAAGUAGCUUGUUGUGGACAAGGACCCUACAAUGGUAUGGGGCUAUGCUUGCCACUCUCCAACCUAUGCCCCAACCGAGAAUUGCAUGCAUUUUGGGACCCAUUCCAUCCAACUGAAAAGGCAAACAAACUUGUUGUUCAACAAAUUAUGUCAGGUUCUACCAAGUAUAUGAAGCCAAUGAAUCUCAGCACCGUUCUCGCCAUAGAUGCUCGGUCACAUUCAUGA